CGUCAAGGUAAAGUAUGUUGUGAACAUAGUAACGAACAAGCGGUUGAGUUGCCGGCUGUCGCCGUCACAUGCAGCCAGUUAUCCCGUCGACGUUAGGCGGUGCGUCGUUUGUACGUAAGACGUGUCGUUCAAACCGCUGUUUCAUCUCUGUUUUUCCUCUAUCGCCUUCUUAUUCUACUCAUAAUCAGCUGGAAUCGAGCAACAGAAAUUUGGUUAUCGACAUGACAUGCAUCGGUACGCGUUGGCAGUGGCGUAGUUGCGGUCGAAACAGAACGGACCAAAGCCGUGUAGGCGCAUCGUUAUGAAAGGGACCAGUCGUCCAUGAACACAAACGGAACGUACUAUCUUGACGUUACACAUGUUGCAUUGAAAGGAUCGGUGAACUCUGGUUGCUGAACGUGCACAUAGUUAAACAACGUUAUCGAAAGUUAUUAAUUGUUGGAAAGCGUUGUGCGCGGAGUAAAAUGAGGUAAGAGGCAAUAGAAAAAUUUACUCUGCUAACCAAUACGAAAUAGAUCCGGGGAAUAAAAGGUGGACGCAUCGUUCGAGGGUCGUGUUUGCUCGUAUUGUGUCGUCAAAACUACAUAUGGGUGCGCGUAAGGAACGAGGAAAUUCAAUGUAUCGGUGAAAAUUGGGGAGGAUCGCUGGUAGUACGUAGUGACAAAGAGGGUGCUUUGGUGUCAAUAACUGUGGAUAGCAGGGCGAUCCUCCUAUCUCUCCUAUCGUUGUUCCGGUGGAAGGUGGAAGAAAAAGAGAAAGAGAGAGGGAGAGAGAGGAGUACGUUCGGUUGGUAUACCUUCGUUGACACAGCGUGCCGGCGUUUUGGAGCGCUCGUAGCCGUGGACGCGGCUACGUAGCUAUCCUAUACCUACCCUAUAAACCGCGCGGGGGAACCUAAUACGUGAAUGUGUUGGAAGCGGUGGCCACGUCUUCGUCGUCGUCGUCGUCGUUGUGAUCGCCGUGAAAACGGUGUUACACCGUGGGAAUUGCCGAAAACACAUCAUCGAUGGCCCGCGCGAUUUUUCCACACACUCGGUAUCCGUGAUCGCGGCACGGCGAGAACCUCGUCAAGGAUGCCGCGGAUACCGUUUAUUAGAUAUCCACGAAGGAUGGCGGGCUUUGAGAUCGUCGCUCGGAUCGAUAGGUACGAAAGGAUCGAAUAAUCACGGAGGAAACAAGAGAAAGAGACAAACAGAUAGAGAGAGACAGAGGAGGGAGAGAGAGAGAGAAAAAAGACAAAGUGGUGAGGUGAGUCAGGAGACCUUCCCCUAUCCGGAGGUUAGGCCUCCGAGUAUCAAGGAUCCUUAUUCGAAGAUGAACUCCAUGAUAUAUACCUUGUACGGCUUCGCUAUAUUUUUCAUGAUAUUCUGGUCGGUAAUGUGGAUCGUUCAUGUACUGGCACUGAUAGCCGGUCACUGGAAGCUGCACCGUAAAGUCACUCAAGUACCAACCUACGAAACGCCCUUACCCGGUGUGUCGAUCAUAAAGCCUCUGAUGGGCGUUGAUCCGAAUCUGUUCAGCAAUUUAGAGACAUUCUUUACGAUGCAAUAUCCCCGUUACGAGUUACUGUUCUGCGUGGAAGACGACUCGGAUCCGGUGUUGAUGUUAGUACGUAAACUGAUCGAAAAGUAUCCAGAAGUGGAUGCGAGACUUUUCAUCGGCGGUUGUAACGUGGGCGUGAAUCCAAAGAUCAACAAUAUGCAACCAGCGUACGAGGCGGCUAAACACGAGUAUGUACUGAUUAGUGACAGUGGUAUCAAGAUGAAGGAGGACACGCUGUUGGACAUGGUUAAUUACAUGACCGACAAUGUUGCGUUAGUGCAUCAGAUGCCGUUUACCUGUGAUCGCGAAGGUUUUGCCGCGGCAUACGAGAAAAUCUUCUUCGGUACUGUACAGUCGCGUAUGUACCUAGCCGCUGAUUUACUUAGGAUCAAUUGUCACACAGGGAUGUCAGCGUUGCUGAGAAAAGCUCCUCUCGAUGAGGUCGGCGGUUUAAAGACGUUCGGUGUGUAUUUAGCCGAAGAUUUUUUCUACGCAAAGUCACUGACCGACCGUGGUUGGCGAAUCACUGUGUCCUCGCAGCCGGCGUUGCAGAAUAGCGGUCACUGCGAGCUGCAUUCGUUCCAGGCGAGAUUACGAAGGUGGGCGAAGCUCAGGGUGGCUAUGUUGCCUACCACGAUCGUUCUUGAACCGCUUAGCGAGUGUUUAGUGUUAGGUGCCUGUGCUUCCUGGGCGGCCAGCGUACUCUUCGAGUGGGACUCCCUUGUUUUCUAUUUGGUACACAUACUAUUGUGGUUCAUGUUCGACUGGACGCUAUUGAGCGUCGUCCAGAACGGUCCGUUGCCGUUCAACAAGUUAGAAUUCGUAUGCGGAUGGUUACUCAGCGAGAUCACAAGGCCUUAUCUUUUCCUUCAGGCAGUUCUAGAUCCUCUGAUACAGUGGCGGUCGCGUGUCUACAAACUCAGGUGGGGUGGAGUCGCGGAAGAGGUUAAGGCAAAAGUCAAAUAUUAAAUUGCACUAUGAAAUCAGCGGUUUUACUUUUUCCUCCUUUCUUUUUUUCGUUUCUUUCCUUUACUUCUGUUUCUUCCUCUUUCUUUGAUACGUAUGCAGGGUAUUCCAGUUUUCUUCGAUCAAAUCUUGUCAGGAUAUUCUAUGAUCAUAGGUAAAUACAAAGAGAAUGAUACCAAUCUUACGAUUACUAUGCUAUAAGACGAAAAUAGAUUCGCUAUCAAUAUACAAUGCAAAGUUCAUUUUCACUAUAUUAUUUGCUCGAUGUAUGUACAUAACAUUUUUUUUUUCAAAGUUAACUAGAUAUAAAAGUUUAGGGCGAUAUCAUCGGAGGCCUAACCAUCGUUCUCUUCGUAUUUCUCUUUUGUUAUAACUUUUUAAUAAAGCUUUGAACAAUUAUAUUAUAAAAUCGGUAUACGUUUACACAAAGUCUUUUCCUUAUUUAUAUCCGUAACACAUCCUGAAAAUAUUUAGCCCGAAAAGACUGGUACAUCCGAUAUACACGUAGGGAUUAAUAUGCACACAUUGAGCUAGAAGCGUGGAUGUUUUGUAAUAUCCGAUAUAUUAUACUAUUACGCAUGUAGUUCUUAUUAUACUUGAAUUGCGUUAUACCGUGGAAAAAAUAUACGCCGUAUAUACACGAUAUUUACUAGAUAGGGGUGUUUACGCGUCGUGUGUACAUGUACACGUAUAUACGUAUGAUUCGCUUACGUGAAACAAUAAUCGCGACACGCAUGUAUGCACGUGUGCCAUCAUUUUUCAAUUAUUCAGCAUAUCAUCUCCGUCAGCUCGUUGGUAUGCUCAUUUCAAGUGCAAUGUUUACAGAAAAAAGAAGAAAAGUAUAACGUAAAAAAAGAAGGAUCUAUUAUAGGUUAUGUUAGAAAGAGAAAACACGUAGUAAAUAAUCGAUGGAUAUGUGGCUUUUCUUCUUUUUUGUUUCUUCUUUUUUUGAAAUCCUCGUCUGGAACGAGGUCCCCUUAAAUCGUUAUUGUAGUAUAUUCGGUGCGAAAUUAUUCAUACGUUUUAAGGAAACGAUUCCUGUAAAAAGCUAUGGUUGCGCUGGCUUCGCGAUCAAUUUAACAUCUUAUCGACGUAGUUGGUGAUUUAUCUCGAAAUAUCUUUCGCGCGUUGUAGUAACUAAUUGGUAAGGUUAAUGUUGUUUUGGUUUUUAAGUAAAUAUUUAUUUUUAACAUUAAAAGGUAUUUAACAAAUGAUUGUAUGAUUAAGCGAAGUAUAAGCACGUUCGAUUAUGGAAAAAGAAUUUUUUACGGGUUUGAUGAUAAUAAUAUUCGCUGCUAGUACUAACUAGUGUUUCUUUUCGACGUCUCCGUGUCGGUAAACUGGGAAGAAGUAGAAUCAAAUAAAAAUAUACAUACGUGUUAGCCGAAACGAUUAAUUAACGCGUUAUAGACGGUACAUAUGUAGUAAUUGUACAUAACAAAGAAGCACAUUUUUAGGUAUCAAAGUGCUUAACCCUAUCUUAUAUUCUUUCCUCUUCUUUACUUUUCUUUUUAAGAUUACAAUCUUUGCUGAACUUUUUGUUUUAUUACGCAAAAUAUUAAUUCUAACCUAAUUUCGAUAAAUCGCUAGAAUGGAACAAAUACGAUUAUGUAAAUAUUCAUUUAUUUGAUAUGUACCUUUUUUCGUUUCAUUCGUUUAAUACGCAACGCGUAUACGUACAUGCAUAUUUUCAAUUAGAACUAAUUGUUAUUGUAAAAAUCGUACCCGUAAAAGCAAGUACCUCCGCGUCGAAUAAUCGAAACAAAUUGAUUGUGUUACGUAACGUUCAACGUAUUGACCAUGUUACUUUCUAUUGAUGCACAUUUCUUUCUUCAACGUCUAGUAAAGUUUGAAUUCAAUUUCAUCUGUCCGUGCUAUUAUCGAAACACGUUUAUAUUUCGAACAUAAGAUAUCGGACGCUUAAUUACGAUAUCUCCCCCC